AUGACGUCUUCAGCAUCGUUAGAUCCUCUGCCUUCUUCCAGUCCCGCUGGCGCCCCAAUUCGCGACGGGUCCAAGUCUCCUGAGCACGAGCGAUCUCUCCCCGAUCCCGAUCGACUAGCCCCCGAGGAUGCUUACUUUGCGCCAGCCCUCUCAAGGGUCCGUUCAGCUCCUGCAAAUUAUGAAGAAAACUUGCGAUCCUUGAACGGCGACAAUGCAUCCCACAUGGGCUCUGCCGCGGCAUUGCGCAAGAAGUUGGGUGCCCCGAGACGCCGGAAACGAAAGGGCGCUUGGAAAAAGCUGCUUUGGGUGAAACAGUCCUACCCAGAUAACUACACCGAUACCGAGACGUUUCUAGACCACCUCCAGCGGAAUCCUAGAGUACGACCGUACGACUUCUGGCCACUUGUGGCCGACUCAACCGUGAUUGUGCAACAUGUAUGCUCUGUGGUUAUCUUCGUCUGCUGUUUCGUUGGCAUCGUCCAAGACCGAGUGAGCCCCGUUUCGAUAGUAUGCUGGGGGAGUGUCGGUACGGCCGUGGGCUGGAUUCUGUGGGACAAUUGGAUCUGGAAAGAGCAUGAAGAAUCCCUGAAAGAAGUGGAUCGAGCGACUGGGGGCGAUGAUGGCUCCAGUUCGACUUCUUUUGCCAGUGUCGCAGAGACAUCUGCAAAUGACAUGCAAACCGACGACACCAAGAUCAACGCGAUACAUGGGCUUGGACUCUCAAUGUCCGGCAAUGAAUCCAAAGAACAAUUGGCGCACCGGAGUGCAGACCUCAGCGACAGAAUCGACGCAGUCGCUCAUAAGAUGGACCAGGUUGCUCCAUUGUCGGUACCGUCCAACUCCAUGACGGGCGGCACUGAUGGGACAGUGCCGCAUGAUACGUAUGAUACCUACCGAGGAUCCAUGUUGUCACCGCGCAAUCGACAAAGACUCACUACGGUCAAAUCCGCUUUACUCAUUUAUUUGUCUCUACUCGGGCUGAGCCCCAUCCUCAAAUCUCUCACCAAAUCCACCGCCAGCGACUCAAUCUGGGCCAUGAGCUGUUGGCUUCUAAUAAUGAACAUAUUCUCUUUUGACUAUGGAAGUGGGGAAGGCGCAGGCGCCACCACGAAGUUCCCUGCUUCCUUGUCCACCAACGCAGCCGUGAUGGCAUCUACUGUGCUCGCGUCUCGGCUCCCAUCCACGACACAUGUGUUCAGCCUCAUGCUUUUCUCCAUGGAAGUUUUUGGCCUGUUCCCUAUCUUCCGACGGCAGCUCCGACAGAAGUCAUGGACUGGUCAUGUUGUCCUGACACUGACCCUCGUGAUCGUUGCUGGUGGCGCUGUCGGGGUGACAUUAAGUGGUGGAUGGGCAGCGGCCAUCAUCGGCUCUGUGCUGGGAAGCAUUCUCACCGCGUUCGUCAUGGGCGGAUGCAGCUGGUGGCUCAUCAGCUUGCAGAAGUACAAGAACGUCGUGAUCGGACCCUGGGAUCCUGCUCGGCCGAUCAUUCGGCGGCAUUGGAAUUGA